GUGGACGUGCCGAGAAUGCCGGCCUUCGACCACGUGCCGCUGCCCUACGACGGACCGAGCGCCGUCGAGAUCGCACGCAAGCGCGCCGAGUUCCUCAGCCCGUCCCUGUUUCAUUUCUACUCCAACCCCCUGAACAUUGUGGAGGGGAAGAAGCAGUACCUGUACGACGAGCACGGGCGGCGCUUCCUGGACGCGUUCGCCGGCAUCGCCACGGUGUGCUGCGGCCACAGCCACCCGGACAUCAUCGACGCGAUCACCGCGCAGGCCAGGCGCCUGCAGCACUCCACCGUGCUUUACCUCAACCAUGCCAUCGCCGACUUCGCCGAGGCGCUCGCCUCCAAGAUGCCUGGCGAUCUCAAGGUUGUCUUCUUCACCAACUCCGGCACGGAGGCGAACGAGCUCGCGAUCAUGAUGGCGCGGCUGUACACUGGCUCCCACGACAUCAUAUCUCUCAGGAACUCCUACCACGGCAACGCCUCGGGCACCAUGGGCGCCACCGCGCAGAAGAACUGGAAGUUCAAUGUUGUUCAGAGUGGGGUGCACCAUGCCGUGAACCCGGACCCCUACAGAGGCGCCUUCGGCUCCGACGCCGAGAAGUACGCGCGAGACGUGAAGGAGAUCAUCGAGUUCGGCACCACUGGCCACGUUGCUGGCUUCAUAUCCGAAGCUAUCCAGGGCGUUGGUGGGAUCGUCGAGGUGGCGCCAGGCUACCUGCCACUCGCCUACGACACGGUGAGGAAGGCCGGCGGCCUCUGCAUCGCCGACGAGGUUCAGGCAGGCUUCGCGCGCGUCGGCAGCCACUUCUGGGGGUUCGAGACCCACGGCGUGAUCCCCGACAUCGUAACCAUGGCAAAGGGCAUCGGCAACGGCAUCCCUCUGGGCGCCGUGGUGACGACGCCGGAGAUCGCGCAGGUCCUGACACGGCGCUGCUACUUCAACACCUUCGGAGGAAACCCGCUCUGCACCGCCGGCGGGCUCGCCGUCCUCAAGGUGCUCGAGAAGGAGAGGCUCCAGGAGAACGCCUUCAUCGUCGGCUCCUACCUCAAAGACCGCCUCCGCGGUCUCCAGGAGAAGCACGACAUCAUUGGUGAUGUGAGGGGAACAGGCUUCAUGCUUGGCGUCGAGCUUGUGACCGAUCGGCAGCUCAAGACUCCGGCGAAAGACGAGAUUUGCCAUGCCAUGGAGCACAUGAAAGAUAUGGGCGUUCUGGUCGGGAAAGGGGGAUUUUACGGGAAUGUUUUCAGGAUCACUCCCCCUCUGUGCUUCACCAAGGAAGAUGCUGAUUUCUUCGUCGAUGUCAUGGACAUUGCGCUAUCAAAACUCUGAGCUGCUGAACCAGAACUUGCCAUGUGGGGGUGGUACUGUAUAUAGGGAUAGGGGUCUUUGCCCAUGUCUGAGCAACUGAACUUCACCUGAAUUCGACUGAAGCAACCGCAGUUUACUUCAGAUUACCCUUUGAAAACCUAUAUUGUGUAAUGGUACAAUAGCUACCGGGCCGGGGUCCCUUUUGGUCAGAGGUCAGGUAUGAACACUUGAAAGAGACGUGUCCGAAAUCUGAU